AUGCGUCCAUCAGUUCUCUAUACCGCCUGGGUAGUCUGGGCUCUCGCCGUUUCAGCUGCACCCAUAAUUAAACCCGGCAGCGAUGUAACGCAAGAUCUUGCUGGCCAUAAAGUUCCAGAUCUUGAAGGUGGCCUCGAGGACCUCUCGGGAUUUAACCCUUUUGAGGACCUCGAUACACCUGAAGCCGGGCCUUUAGCUACAGUUGAGGUGGAAGAUAUCAAUGUCGCUUUGACCAACAAUGGAAACGCUGCCUCGAAGAGAGACGUUAUCCAGGAUGCCCUAAAGAACCUGAAGUUGGGCACAGAGACUGCGCCUUCUGGCGACUCCUCUAUCCCAUUGGAUGUAGAGAAGACGACUCAAAACAUCAAGGGAGCCGUCACAGUUCCAGGUGUUAAGGAAAUUACCCCAGGCCUCGAGGGGGCUGUUACAGAUGCUCAGGCUAAGGUUCCAAAUGCCGAUGGAGCUACCCCAAGCAUCGAUGAACCUGUCAAAGAGCUGAAGGGCACCGUCUCAACUCUCGAGGAAACCGCCCCAAAGACUGGUGAUACCCUUCCAGUUACUGCUGAGGAACUUCCAAAUGUUGGAACUGUUCCAAAACUAGAUACACCAGCUCCAAAACUGGAUACGCCUACAGUCCCAAAACUGGAUACACCAGUUCCGGAGCUCGAUACUACUGUCCCAAAACUAGAUACGCCCACAGUCCCAAAGCUAGAUACACCCACAAUCCCAAAACUCGACACACCCACCCCAGAACUUGAUACGCCCACAGUCCCAAAACUCGAUACAGCAGCUAUCGAUACCCCCAAGGUUGACACAGGCGCUAUCCCAAAUACUAAGAGGGGCGUUCUAGACCCUAUCAAAGGAAUUAUCCCGGGUUUGGGUGAUGUUAUCCCAGACCUCGAUGAAUUUAACCCAACCGCCGAUAAAGCCGUCCCAAACGCCGAUGAAGUUACCCCAGAAGUUAAGGAAACCGUCUCAGAAAUCAAGGCAGCCACCCCAGAUCUCAACGAAGUCACCCCAGGUGCCGACAAAAUCGCCCCAGAAACCCCAGAAAUCAAGGAGGAGCCCGCCCACAACCUCGAGGUCGUCAAACAAGCUUUGGGCCAAGACCUCACUCUCAAACAAGAAGACGGAAAACAAUUCCCCAAGGGCGUUCUCAUGGGCAUGGCUUGCGAGAAUAUCGACGAAGUUCUAAAAGCGCAGGAUCCUUCAAAGUGCAUUCCAGCUACCGGUACUAUCGUCAAGGUCACCCAAUUCAAGGAUGGCAAAGAAGUUGCAACUGACAUCCUUACAACCGACCCAAAUACCGGCGUCUUGUCUAAAGUCGUAAAGGAUCCCAAGAUCGCUGAUGCCGAAACAUUGACCAAUGCUACGGGAAGUAUCGAAUCCGUCCCCAAAGUCGACGGCGCCGAUGCAAUCCAAAUUGUUACCACUAAGUUGGGACCCGAUGGAAAGGAGGUACCUGUCAUCGCUGAUAAGGAUUCCAAGAUCUUUUUCAUCGUGCCAGUAGUUACUAGAAUUACGUCCGCUGUCACCCAGGUUGAACAGCCGGCGAUUUAG